UUAUCCUAUAUCCUUAAGAACAAAGGUGAAGAAGAUGAGCUAAUUUUGUCAAUUCUUUGACUAGGAAGGGGAGAAAGUUAAUAACUUGCCGGUAAAUAGUCCAGAUAAGUAUUUAUAUCAAAGGAUUUUAAUCACUUAGUGAAAAAUGAGUUUUCUAGUUCAAAAAUUUUGAGAAUUAUAAGUAAUAGAUUAGACGGGAACUACACUCAGAGAUUUUUGGUGAGAAAUACCAGUUCAUGUAAGCAUGUAGAAGGUAACCUACUGGCUGGAGAAUUUCUUUUCUGUAUUCAGAAAAUUUUCCGAUUACUUAAGAGCAUCGAAGACUAAGGUUUCUUGAUAAUUUUGGUGAUAAAAUUUCUAAGAAUUACUUUAAGACCCCUCCAAAAAUUGAUUCAAAGAUGUUGUGGGUUCAAGAAUUCUAAGCAAAGGGUUUCCAUAGAAUAAUCUAGGCCUAAAAAUACUGAUAUACUGAAUGAAUACCCUGUAAAUUAAGAUUACUCAGAAAGCCGAAAUUAAAUUUCCCUAUGAUACCUCUUCUUGAAUUAUGUCAAACUUUAAAAGAAAGACUCUUUGUUUAGUAAAAGCGAAAGAAAGUAUUUUGGUGAUACUAUAUAAGUUACCUCAAGGGUUAAAUCACUGAAAAAUGUCGGCAGCAUUCCAUCAGAUAUUAGUGAUGAAAAAUAGAAGCUGAAGUACAAGAGUGACAAGAAGAAACUGUGUGCUAGUUUAUUGAAGAUAAAUUUUAUUCUUAUUUGGCCAUUU